AUGUCACUAGAUCUCCGCGCUCAAUUGUUGUAUAUUGCGCCUUUGCUGCCCGCCGGUGUAGCAUUGGCGUAUAUCAUCUCUGUUGUAUUCAACUGGGAGCAAAUUCUGGCUCGUCGCAAAUACGGCGAUAAACCACAUAAAAGCAAGGAUAUGAAGGUAUCUUUGCCUCUCGAUAAGACUGAUAUCAAACUUCAAGAGGACUCGACUUGGACUUCACAGAUUGUCAACGCCGCAAUGCCAAUCGCAUAUCACAGCUUCACAUCCGUCAAGCUCUGGAACAUGGAAAGGUCCGAAACAGACUCCAUCAACAUUUGUGUCAUUCAAGUUGCCAUCACCAUGGCUGAGUUUGCGAUCGACUACUUCCGUUGUCAUGAAUGGCAUAGAAGCGAUUUGUUCGCCCUCGGAGCUUCGUGGGGCGGGAUGGCAUUACGAUCACUGUUUCCCAUGUUACGCUCUGGACUGACUGGCAUUACUUCUUCAGUUUGCAUUGCAAUGCUCGGAAUCUUCUCUGUUCUUCCAGAACGCCCGGCAGCGAAUCAAAAGAUUACCGAAGCUUCGAAUUCUCGAGCGGAAAAGUCGGACGAAGUUGCCUCUUCAGCUACGGAGAAUACGACACCACGCUCCUCCAACGUCCAUCUUCACAUCUUGAGCGUCUCUUUGUUGUUGGUCUACCUGGUUCGUGACUAUCAAGCAGUCGCAGCCAAAACCUUGUAUCGAUUUUCUUGGAUGGGGUCGUCUCCACAUCUGCUGAUCACCUUCGGCUUGUUGCUACUACGAGACGGAGUAGACAGUUGGCGAACCACAUCUCGACCGGGCCAGACUCUUGCGCAACAUCUAGAAGCAUUCGUCUCCCAAGUUUAUACCGGCACCCAAGGGUUCGACCGCUCCUGCGUGCUCGUUCCUUUAUCCUUGCUAGGUGUAUGGAUUUCCCUCUUCUUCGUGUCCAACUACCUGACUUCCUGCCUGGGUUUUCGCAGGUUGAUUCUUGGCCGACCACGAACGAUGCCACAAUUCCUUGAUGGAGGCGUAUUUGGUGGAUUUGCUUAUCUUAUGGUUGUGUCUUUGCAGUUGUUCCUGCGGCGUAAUCAGUUCAAGGGGCAUAAGCCUGGCCAGAAGUUUCGUCUUGUGAUGGCUUUCGUCACAGCAUGCGGCCAGACUGUUACUGGUCUUGUGGCUCUGGCUAUGGGUCUGUAUGGUCUACAAAUGUUUGGUUGGAUGCAGAAAGAUUCACAUUCAUGUUGUUGCUCAUCGAUCUAG